GCCCCGCGCGCGGGGGCCGCAGCUUCCAGUUAACCGCCGUCCCCGUGGCGAGGCCGGCCAGGCGAUGCUGUCUCUCUUGCUCCUCCUCUCGGGGCUGGGCCGGCUGACCUCCGCGGGCCAGCACUCUGAAACAUCGCUUCUGCAAAUUACAGUGCCACAGAAGACUGGGACAAACACCAGUGACGGUGGUGGUUCAGAAACGCAUGUCACCUAUGCCAUCAAAAUUGACAGGAAAACAUACACUUUCCACCUUGAAAAACAGUCAUUUUUAGACUCUCACUUCGUGGUAUAUUCAUACAAGUCAGGGACGUUGUAUCCAGAGUCUUCAUUUGUAAAGGGCCAUUGCUUUUAUCAAGGAUAUGCCACAGAGAUUGCAAAUUCAGUUGUGACACUCAGAACCUGCUCCGGACUCAGGGGAUUAUUGCAGUUGGAGAAUGUCAGUUACGGAAUUGAACCAUUGGAAUCUUCAGCUACAUAUGAACACAUGCUUUAUCAGAUAAAGGAUAAUAAAAUUGAUUUUUCCCCCAUAGCAGAAAAUUAUUCUACAACCCAAUUGGCACAUCAGUCCUACAAAAUUCUUGUGAAAUCAGCAAAAAAUUCUGAUGUGCUGUUGAAAAGAGUUCUGAAAAUACAAGUCAUUAUGGAUAAAGCCUUGUAUGAUUAUAUGGGCUCUGAAGUGGCACUUGCAUCUGGGAAAGUUGUCUAUAUCUUUAGUCUUAUCAACACUAUGUAUUCUCAGCUUAAAGUGUCUGUUACAUUAACGUCUCUGGAGCUCUGGUCAGAUCAAAAUAAGAUUUCAACUAAUGGGGAUGCUAAUGAAGUCCUACAAAGAUUUGUGUCAUGGAGAGAAAAAUUUUUAUUUCAAAGGUCCCAUGAUAUGGCAUACCUCUUAAUUUAUAGGGACCAUCCUAAUUAUGUAGGAGCAACAUAUCAUGGAAUGGCAUGCGACCCCAAGUUUGCUGCAGGAAUUGCUCUGCAUCCAAAAAUGAUAACUUUAGAGGCAUUUUCAGUUCUUUUGGUACAGUUGAUUGGAAUUAACCUGGGAUUAACCUACAGGAAUGACGUCUACAAUUGUUACUGUCCUGGAACUACAUGCAUAAUGCAUCCGGAAGCAAUACGUUCCAGUGGUGUAAAGUUUUUUAGCAGUUGCAGCAUGGAUCAAUUUAAACGUACAGCUUCACAGCCUGAAUUUGAAUGUCUUCAGAAUAAAACAAAAGUUUUGAAAGUGGUUCCACAAGGAAGAGCUUCAACUUGUGGCAAUGGGGUUUUGGAACCGCCAGAGGAAUGUGACUGUGGUGAUACAGAGAAUUGUGUUCAUCAUAAAUGCUGUGAUUCUGCAUCUUGUACUCUGAUUGGAGAUGCAGAGUGUGGUACUGGACCGUGCUGUGACAAAGACACUUGCAAGGUAACGGAAAGAGGACAUCUAUGUAGGAGAAGUGUAGAUCCAUGUGAUUUUCCAGAAUAUUGCACUGGGGAAUCUGAGUUUUGUGUACCUGAUGUGAAAUCUGCUGAUUUAGAACCCUGCAAUAAUAAGAGUGCCUAUUGCUUUCUAGGAGUGUGCCGAGAUAGAACGAAACAGUGUAUAGAGCUGUUUGGAAAAUUUGCUAAAGAAUCUAGUUAUGUAUGUGCACAAGAAGUAAAUUAUCAAUUCGAUAAUUUUGGAAACUGUAAGGGACGCAGAUGUAUAUUUAGCAAUCUCCUUUGUGGAAAGUUAGUUUGUCACUGGACACAUUCACAGAUAGUACCGAGGAAUGACAUUGAUAUUCAGUAUACCUACUAUGGAGGCCAGGUAUGUAUGUCAGGAAGUUUAAGAAAUUCUUCAACAUUGGAUCUUACCAUUGCCGCGAAUGGCUCCCCAUGUGGAGAAACAAAGUUUUGUGAAAAUGGAGUGUGCCAAGAGCUCCACAAGUACCGACAGAAACCAAAUUGCAGCUCACUAGAAAUGUGCGGAGGACAUGGGGUUUGCAAUAAUCUCCUUCACUGUCACUGUGACCGUGGGUAUGCGCCCCCAAACUGUAACAACACACCCUCAUCACCAGGAGGAAGUAUUGAUGAUGGGUUUUGGACCUCUGAAAUGGACAUUGGUAAAACUACAGACAUGUUGGUAAGACGACGUCGUGCUUCUCGAAAAAAUGGCCUUGUGAUCAGUUUCUGUGUUUUCCUACCCUUCCUCAUUUUAAUUGCCAUCAUUGCUCUUAAAUGGGAUAAAAUGAAGAUAUUUUGGAACAAAGAGGAUACAGCAAGUGGAGAGAUGGUGACUAAACAAUAGUGUCAAAAGCCGCCACUUGGAGAAAAUAAAUUACCAAG